AUGCACUCACUCCAGGCGAUAUCGAUCGUUGAGCAGAUGAAGCGACAUAAAAGGAGCGUAUCGGAGAGAACGGGGUGCGAGCCGGGGCUGUGGGUUCUGCACGGCGACGCCCGGGCGCUGCUCGCUUCGGACCAACGCGAGGCGUGGCUAGUGCGGUUGCGAUAUCUGUGGUGUGAGCGCACCGACUUGCUAUCCGACUCCUGUCCCGCCAGAGAGUGCCGGCAUCCCGGAGACGCCGACAUCCAGACACGCAGAGGAGCCGACGGAGGCGGCGGCGGCGACACUAGCAGCUUGACCGGCGGCGGCGGCAGAGCAGCACCCCGUUCCGUGUAG